AAUAUAAAUUAAUUGUUUGACUACUAUGAAAGCUCUAAGCAGAGUUAGUGUCUUGUGCAUAUCUCAGAAGUUAGUUUUUAUAACCAACAACUAAUAUUUGUCUGGUUUCCGUAGUGAACGUGAAAAAUAACAUUAAAAUCAAUAAAUUGUUAUGAAUAAGGUAUAAUAAAAGAAGUAGUUGAUAUUUAAAUCCUUAGCAACAAAAGCGAUUACCUAGCUUUUGUUCACAAGCCUUCUUAUUUGAAAAACUUUGGUAUUUUGGGGGCUGUCAAGAUGAGUGGUUCCAGUGUAUUAGACAUCCUGGUGACUAGCAAUACUGUCUCAUUUGGAACUCAACGACGUUUUCCAAUUGAGAUUACUAUUGGGGAACUGAAGCAAAAGCUAGAACUUAUAACGGGUGCUUCUGCUUCAACAAUGGAACUUCAACUUCUGGAUGAAAAUAAUGAAUUGAUUGAGAAACUGAUGAACGAUGCUUCAACUUUAAAAUCAUGCUCCAUUGCUAAUGCCAAAGUUCUUCAUGUCGUGGAUAGUUAUCGCCAAUCUGGAGAAUUUGAAGAUGUAUCGAAGGUACAGAAAUUUAUGCUAUCUGAAGAAGAGUACAGCAAGCGGGGUGAAACUUUUCGAGCCUUCAAAGAUAAACUGAAACUUGGAGGAGGUGAACAGACAUCCGCUGCCGAGGAAAAGAUUAAAGAGGAAGAAGAACUGAUUAAAAAUAUUGCAGUUGGAAACCGUUGUCAAGUUAGGGUUGCUGGUAAACCCAGUAGAAGAGGGACAGUGAUGUAUGUUGGUAAAACUGAUUUCAAACCAGGCUACUGGGUUGGCAUGAAAUAUGAUGAACCUUUGGGCAAAAAUGAUGGCUCUGUUGGUGGUAAAAGAUAUUUUGAGUGCCAACCUAAGUAUGGUGGUUUUGUUAAGCCACAUGAUGUUACUGUUGGCGAUUUUCCUGAGGAAUCUUUUGAUAUUGAUGAACUUUAAUAUUGUUUAAGAUUUGAUUAUUUUAAAUACAAUGUUGAGCUUAUUACUGCUUAGUGCCUUGCAUUAUCUGCAGUUUCUUACCAUCAAUGUUAAAAAAUAAAUUGUUUCUCUUUUCUAAAUUUGAGUUGCUCUGAUAAUUAAAUUAUCAGUUAUGUUCGAGGAUGAGAUUUAUUAAUUUCUCCUCAAACAUUGUAACAUUCCUUUUAUUUGAUGUAAUUGCUAGUUUACUUAACAGGUUUGUUUCACUAAUGUAUCAUAAAUAAAUAUUAUUUCUUGUUAAAUUCAAA